ACAGCUCCCAGUAUGAAAGGAAAAGUGGGAUUGGAGCAGUGACGUUAUCCGCUGCUGGAAAGAGGGAGGGGGAAAGAGGGACGGCUGGACUCCAUUAAGCCGAAGCCUGCAGGAAAACUGUUUGGGAUACUUCACUUCUCCAGCGACUUCUUCGGGGAUUCUUUCUGUUUUUAUUGUCUUAAAAACCCUCCAUACAUGAUUUAAAGAGGGGGAACUUGUUUUGCACCGUUUAGUCGACUGUUUUAGUGUCUUUUUUCCGUCUUUGUGAAGGAUGGCGCUGGACGGGAUCCGGAUGCCCGAUGGCCACUACGCCGACGGGACGUGGGAACUGAAGAUGCAUGUCACCGACCUCAAGAGGGACGUGUCGCUGAGGGUGACUGGAGAAAUCCACAUUGGCGGAGUCAUGCUCAAACUCGUGGAGAAACUAGACGUGAAGAAGGACUGGUCAGACCAUGCUUUGUGGUGGGAGAAGAAGAAGACAUGGCUGUUGAAAACCCACUGGACGUUGGACAAGUACGGCAUCCAGGCCGACGCCAGGCUGCUUUUCACGCCGCAGCACAAGCUUCUGCGCCUCCAGCUGCCCAACAUGAAGCACAUGAAGGUCAAGGUCAACUUCUCCGACCGCGUCUUCAAGGCCGUGUCCGACAUCUGCAAAACCUUCAAUAUCCGCCACCCAGAGGAGCUAUCUCUACUGCGUAAGCCCCGUGAUCCCAAGAAGAAGAAGAAAAAGUUGGAGGAGGCAGAGGAGGACGAUCUGGAGCUGGAGGGUCCGCUGUUAACCCCUGGAUCAGCCUCUGAGGUAAUAUACAUCGGACCUGUCAAAGGGAGCAUCUACUCCAGCCCAGGCCUGUACAGUAAGACGAUGACCCCCACCUAUGACUCCAGAGACGGCAGCCCGCUGUCGCCCACCACCGCCUGGUUUGGGGACAGCCCCCUCUCUGAGGGAAACCCCAGCAUCCUCGCUGUGAGCCAGCCCAUCUCCUCACCAGACAUCCUGGCCAAACUCUACAAGCACCAGUCUCUGCUGGAUAAAGCCAAAAUCAACCAGGGGUGGUUGGACUCAUCCAGGUCUCUGAUGGAGCAGGAUGUAAAGGAGAAUGAGGUGCUGCUGCUGAGGUUUAAAUACCACAGUUUCUUUGACCUCAACCCUAAGUAUGAUGCCAUCCGAGUGAACCAGCUCUAUGAACAGUCUAAGUGGGCCAUCCUGCUGGAGGAAAUUGAGUGCACAGAGGAGGAAAUGAUGAUGUUUGCUGCCCUGCAGUACCACAUCAACAAGCUGUCAAUCAUGUCUUCAGACAACCACAUGAAUAACAGUGAGAAGGAGGUGGACGAGGUGGACGCAGCCCUGUCAGACCUGGAAAUCACCUUGGAAGGAGGGAAGACGUCCAACAUACUGGGUGACAUCACAUCUAUUCCUGAGCUAGCAGACUAUGUCAAAGUCUUCAAGCCCAAGAAACUGACACUGAAGGGCUAUAAGCAGUACUGGUGCACGUUCAAGGAUAUCACCAUUUCCUGUUACAAGAGUAAAGAGGAGUCACAUGGGACACCUGCUCUCCAAAUGAAUCUCCGAGGUUGUGAGGUAACUCCAGAUGUUAACAUCUCGGGUCAGAAAUUCAACAUCAAGCUGCUCAUCCCUGUGGCGGAUGGCAUGAAUGAGAUCUGGCUUCGGUGCGACAUGGAGAAACAGUACGCCCACUGGAUGGCUGCAUGUCGCUUGGCCUCCAAAGGAAAGACCAUGGCCGACAGCUCUUACAACCUGGAGGUCCAGAACAUUCUGUCCUUCCUCAAGAUGCAACACAUGAACCCUGACCCUCAGUUAAUCGAGCCAAUCACCACAGAUAUCAACCCAGAAUGCCUGGUGUCCCCGCGCUAUCUCAAGAAGUACAAGAACAAGCAGCCAGGCUCUAUCAGGGACUUGAUUUCCACCCGGAUCCUUGAAGCCCACCAGAACGUAGCCCAGAUGAGUCUCAUCGAGGCCAAGAUGCGCUUCAUCCAGGCGUGGCAGUCCCUUCCUGAGUUUGGAAUGACUCAUUUCCUUGCCAAGUUCCAGGGGGGGAAGCGGGAGGAGCUGAUCGGCAUCACUUAUAACCGUCUGAUCCGCAUGGAUGCUAGCACUGGAGAUGCUAUUAAGACCUGGCGCUUCAGCAACAUGAAGCAGUGGAACGUCAACUGGGAGAUCAAGAUGGUGACGGUGGAGUUUGCAGACGAGCCCAGUCUGUCCUUCAUCUGCGCCGAGGUGGACUGCAAGGUGGUGCACGAGUUCAUCGGGGGCUACAUCUUCCUGUCCACACGCGCCAAGGACCAGAACGAGUCUCUAGACGAGGAGAUGUUCUAUAAGCUGACCAGCGGCUGGGUCUGAGCGGCCCCCAACCACCAGGCCAGGGGCCAACCAUUGUAGGUCAGGGGCCAGGAGGGGAGUGGCUGGGGGGGAACCACAGUGUAUGGGGUUUAUUUUAAUUCUAACUAUUUCUCAGUCUGUUUGAAUGUUUGGAGCUGUGCUGGAGAGUCCAGAACAGCGCCAACAUUGCCACGGCUGAUUUUAUUGUUAUAGUGUUUCUUUGCAUAAACGCUGACCAGGGCUUUGUUACAACACUAACUCUCUGGUGAACGCAGGCCAGAUUAUAAACGUUUGAAGGUAACCUCCAGUGGUUGAGCGGUAGCCUUACACACACCUGAAGCAGGAAGUGUUCUCCUCUCCUCCUGGACUGACGGCCAUCAACAUUACGUCCAUGACAACCCUUUAAAGCCAAUCAAACGCCACAUUGAAUCCCAAAGAUGUUUUUUUCUCUUCACUUUUUCUCUCCCUGCCUUUUCUCCUAAUAACUGAGCUAAAGAAGCUGACAUCAGACUGUCAUUAAAACAUUUGUAAUCCUAGUGCCACAGAUAGCUACAGUUAUAUCGAAUUAUUUAUCCUAAAAGACGGACUUCUUCUAAGUCCGAACAAAAGGCACUACAUGUCCAUCCUAUCACUCUACGAAGGGUUAAUCUCUUUAAGUCACAUUUAAGCACUUCUACAGUAUACAGUCCUGUUCAUGAAUAAGCUGUUGUUGAAUUUCUUUUUGCUUUUGAUGUCCUUGUGUUUGUUUUUGAACUCGCCCAGAGGGUCGAGUCUCUGUAAUGAAUUCUUGUUGUAUUAGCUGACAGGUGUGACAUUGAGAGGUUUGUUUUGUAUUUAAUAAACUGCUAAUAGUGAGCAUGUCUGGAGACACACUACAGUACAGCGCACUGGGAUGAGGGUCCUGUGGGUUUAGAAAUCUUUAAAGAGAUGUAAAUGUCCUAAAAUUCACUUUAGUGUUCAGUAAAUCUAAAAGUUUUCUGAAAACAAGCUUUUAAACAAAUGUGUUAGUCGGUAUGUUGAGCUAAGGUAGAUUACUAAAGGUUGUGUAUUUCAAAUGUGUCUCUUGCUCAUGUUUUAAAAAAUAUUGGAAGGCUCAACAUGAAGCUACAUGACCUGAAGAUAUUAAUUAUCAUUUAAGGCAGACCCCUUUUUUUAAAUUAAGGAGUUUUCUUAUGACCUGGCAUGAAAAAAAACAAUAUGGCGUCUACAUUUUGCCACAUCUCAACAUCCUGUUUUGAAUUGUAUCCAGAUUUCUAAACCCCUGGCAUCUCAUCACGUGCACUACAUAACAGGAGGAAUCAUAACUCCCUUUACCACCUUUUACCUUAUUGCCAUUUUGUCUCUCACACCAUAUAGUAUUAUUAUCAUUACACACCAGCAACAGGUCACAGAGUUUGAAGAGUGAAUAUGCAACGCUUUCUUUUCUUCUGUCCUCAGUAUGAAGGAUCGGUAAAUGAAGUAUUAUUUUUUUGUAACUAAUGUAAAAACACAAACAUUUUAUAGAAUUGUACAGUUUGUUUCUGCUGUGGGGGGUUUGGAAGUCUUUCCUUUCAGAGAUGAGGGGGAAAGCCGCCCGUCAACAUGUGUAGUAUUCAGAAUUGUGCCUACUUACGUUGUGUCCUUACUGAGUAUCCAGAUGAAGAUAAAUAUGAAUAUAUAUGAAGAUAACACUAGUCUCAAACUCCAGGUUUGAUUAAAAUAUUUGUCAAGUACAUAUUAUAAUUUUUUUUUAAACAAAUACGUAUGCCUUUUCAAUGUGCUCUUCAUUUCUUGCAUUUCUGCUUCAUUUUUAUUGAUUUUCUGCUUUUCGUUUCUGUCCAUUUGCAGCCCUGGGUUGUGUUUUUAGCUCAUUCUUUAGACUAACCGUGAUACUUAUAUCGUGCAAAUUAAGUUUUCUCAGCGCCUUUUUAAAACACUUCACUUAUUCGUCUGUUUUCGUCACAACUGAAGUGUGCCAUUUAAUAAUGUCCAUAUGAAGGAGACCCUGGAGUUUGAGACAAAUCAGCAUAAGUGAACAGAGGUAAGAGAAAAGCAAGCCUAGUCUGUUUUUAUUUUCUCUGAUGUUGUUUUAGUUUGCCUCCAGUGUCGGCAGCAGCGGUGCAUGUCCUGCUGCUCUGUUUUCUGACUGUAAAAAAUGCAUUUAUUUUAAAAAAUAAAGUAAUUUUUAUUUAA